AUGAACAAGACUUGUCAAGGAUGGAACUUUACAUCCAACCAUCUCUCGGAUGCUGAUGGUCGUAUCAUCCUCAUCUGGAAAUCACCAGCUUCCUUGCGUGUGAUGCACCAAUCCAGUCAGUCUCUCACUUGUGAAGUCCUUCUCCCCAAUGCAACCCAGUAUGUCUUCACUGCUGUCUAUGCCUCAAAUCAAGGGAGUGAUAGAACGGAUCUAUGGGUUGAGCUUCUGAAUUUGCAACAAACCUACUCUCUUCACACUUGCCCUUGGGUUGUUGGUGGUGAUUUUAACCAAAUCGUUGACCACUCUGAGCAUUCCCUCCCGUCUGUCAAUGCAAACGAUUCUAGUAUGCAUCAAUUCAGAGACUGCCUGAAUCAAAUGGGGCUCUUUGAUCUAAGAUCCCAAGGGCCGACUUUCACCUGGAGCAACCGCCAACCCCUGAAUCCUAUUGCAAAAAAGCUUGACAGGCUGUUAGUAAACAACCACUGGAUCAACCUGUUUCCCGAUAGCAUUGCCACCUUUUACCCUCCCCUUAUCUCUGACCACUCUCCUUGCCUCCUCGACCUUUUCCAUCUCCUUCCCAAAGCUGGAACCCGUCCCUUCAAAUUCUUCAACUACCUAACCAAACACCCAAAGUUUCAUCAAACAGUUGUUGAGGCAUGGAUUCAGGCCGGAAGCAUUGCAAAUAACCUAUCAGCGUUAUGCUAUAAGCAAAGGAUCAUUAAGAGAAAUCUAAAACUUUUAAACAGAGAGAACUUUUCACAAAUUCAGGUACAGUCUCUUCAAGCUCCGUCUGCGAUCUCUUUCCAACAUGAACGAGACAUUAGCACUCGCUUGAACUUCCUAAAAGGGAUAGAAGAAAGCUACUUUCGCCAAAAAUCACGGAUUAAUUGGCUUCGAGAUGGUGAUCAGAAUACAUCCUACUUCCACAACAUCCUCAAAGUCCGCACAAAUGCAAACUCUAUCAAAUCUUUCCUACUGGACAACGACGUCCUCCCACCAAUCCACAAGAAAUGA